AAAGAAAAGAAGAAGGAAAAAAUAUCCUUAGACGAACUGGGAGUCGCAGGUGUUGCGAAACGCAUUGUCAUUCUCCGUUCGAGUGUAACGUCGUUCCUUUCUCCAGGACCUUCAGAACUUCUAGGACCUCGCAGCCCUCUCUAUCCACACACGUUCGAUCAUAGUCGCACGCAUAUAUGUGCGUCUUCGCUUGCUCCGAGUCCCAUGUUACUAAUCCGCUCCACCAUUCCUCGACGUCUUCCUUCGAAGCUGCAUAACCAAUAGCUACGGCGCAAAUCGUAGUCUGUCGCAUGCGCAUCUCGUCUUCCGGAUCCUUUGGAUGGUUAUUUCUUUUGGAAGUGUGACCCGAUUUGAGUGGCUAGCCUGUCGACGCAUCCUCAAGUCCCGAGUACCACCUUUGCGCCUCGACUGUUAUUACCGUCGCACACACGAUAUACUAAUUCUGCCGCGAACUAAGACACUAUUCAAUCUACACUUGCGACCCAAUUGAAUUCUUCUCUAUUAUAAAACUACGUCUUUCCACAGUCGAUCACAGUUGCGACAACAAAUUACCUCGGCGGAAGUGCUCCGGUCGCCAGGCUGGAUGCCAUAGCCCGCCGUGAUGGAUAGUGCAACAUGUAAUGUCAUCUAUGUGGACCGUAACGUGCUCGAGGACCGAACACUUGGGUCCGACGGCACAGAGCUACCGGAGACUGGCGAGCUUCGGGGUAAUUUGGGACUCUUGCUCGAUGCCUUCGGCGAUGUACAUGUGUGCUCAAGUGGCGCUGCUUGCAUAUCUAAGCUAUUUCACUUGCAUGAUACGUCUCUGGUAGAGCUCAAACCAACGCUUGUACUGAUCGAUACGCCGUACGAUGAGCAAGCUUUAGAAUUACCUUCCUAUGAACGGGAACACUCUCCUUGCUCUGAAGUAUCGCGGCGCGAACUGACGGAAUGUGACUUAGCAGGAGAAUUGUACGGAUUAAAAUUACUGGAGCGGAUUGUCUACGAAACCCAUCUGAGGAGCCUUACAAGAUUAGUCGUGCCUAUUCCUGUCAUCAGUUUUCCCUCGCUGCAGAGCCCGCCGGCGAACGACGGUGCAAACGAUGGCGCGAACGACGAGCCCGUGCGGUCUGGAUAUGCCGGCUAUCUCUCCGAGGCGCCGGGCGCAACUAGCAAAUCAUUGUCCAGCCGCGCCCUACUGAGAAGGUGUUUGGACUCUGGUGCUGUGGAUGUGAUGGCUAGUCCACUGCAUAUCAAGACACUCACAACACUUGAAGUACAUGCGUACCGGGCCCACAAGCAGGCUGCUAGGGAACAGCAAGCGGCAUUGGAAAUAUCAAGGGGUCGUAAAAGGUCGUGGGUGGGUGUGCAUGAGGAUCAACCUUAUUCGUACCUUAGGGAGGCUAUGGUAUCUGGUUUAAUGAAGGGGAUUUGCCGUUCAAGCACAGAAUCUGAAGAUCGCAUUGGGAGUGUUAAAGUCAGCGUUCCAUCUGAGCACCGAUCCGAAAUCGCCGAGGCUGUGGGCAGGUGGCAUUUUUGCGCCCAUGACUUUGGUGAUGACGCCCUCCUUAUUGCAGCUAUUCUCAUGUUCAAGCAUGCCUUCACCAUGCCAGAGCUUGAGCAUUGGCGAAUACCAACAGAUCAAUUGACGACAUAUCUCGUCGCUACGCGAGCGGCCUAUAAUACAUUUGUACCCUAUCACAAUUUCCGUCAUGCCGUCGAUGUUCUUCAGGCAACUUUUAACUUCCUUGUUCAAAUUGGAGCGCUACCGCCAUACCCUACUCGGUCCGGAGCUCCUGCCACUCCGACUGAAAAAUCUCCACUAGCAUAUUUAAUCAGGCCUUUUGAGGCGUUAACUCUUCUCAUAGGAGCAAUUGGUCACGACGUUGGUCAUCCCGGCGUAAAUAACGGCUUUUUAGUCGUGCUUAACGCACCGUUAGCGCAGUUAUACAAUGAUCGAUCAGUUCUCGAAUCUUUUCACUGUGCAGCCUAUUCACAGAUACUUCGAAGAUAUUGGCCCCGAGUCUUCGAAGACACGAAGAUGCGAACUCUUAUGGUCAGCUCGAUUUUAGCAACAGAUAUGGGCCUCCACUUCGAUUAUAUGAAGAAACUCGGCGACCUUCAAGAGAAGUUGAAAGAGAUUGAUUCAAUCGAUUGCUGGAAUGGACGCAUGAUAGAAGAGCAGACCGCGUUUGUGUGCUCUUUACUCAUCAAAUGCGCGGAUAUCAGUAAUGUUGCUCGAGAACAUGAGGCUGCCCUACAAUGGAUGUAUAUCCUCUGCGAUGAAUUUUCUAGGCAGUCAGUAAUGGAGAAUGACAUUGGCAUACCGUCUUCUCUCAUUGCGCCGCCAAAGAAGGAUUUUCUAUCGUUGGCUCAGGCUCAGUUAGGGUUCAUGAACAUGUUUGCUAUUCCACUGUUUCAGGGAGUCGCUGAUGUCCUUCCUGCAAUGCAGUAUACUGUCGAUGAGCUUGAAAGGAAUAAAGCCCUCUUUGAGAAAACCGUGGAAGAGAUUCCGGGUAUGGGAGAAGAGCGAAAAAAGAGACUGACUGAGGGCAUACUCUCACCUCGUACCGUGAGCCUAGCUAUUCAGCCUGAAAAAGUCGGAUUGCCGAAAGAUUCGGAGAUUUGUGACCUCAUCCCGAAUCAUGCUGAAUUGAAGAAAGCCGGUUCAUCUCCUCCUGACCAGGCUUACCACAUCCCUAACAUUCCGAGCAAAUACAAAGAGAUGAAUGGCGUCUCGCCCGGUUUCGACAACGUCGCAGACUUUGCCGCGAGCGAUCCAUUCAACCUCAAUGAGUCGGAAAAUAAAUCGAUUGGCCAUAAUGGAAAGCAACGGUGUAGUGAAACUACAGACGGAAGUAGCUCGGUGCCGACAGGAGAUUGGCAAUCGCAAGCUACCAGUGCUACCACGGGCAAGAUGCCUCUCUCACCGAGCACCCAGGGUACUAGCAUUGUCAGUCAAGAAUCUAUGGAACGCGAGCGCCCAUGUAAUCUACCUGUUACUACAGUCACGGCACCCGAUUCCCGCAUGAUAGCGCCGAUGAUGGGCUUCGAGUCAGGCAAUUCGGAGGAGGAUUCUAACGGGAACACCCUUAAGCCGGAACCCGAAAGAGCGCUGAAAAAGAAGGGUAGCAGGUUCAGAAUGAACGUCUCGACAUUCUUCCGUAGGAAUAAGGGCGCAAGUUCGCCAUCAUCCGGUGGUUCUUGAAACUGUCUAAACACGAUACACCAGGCAUCAAGGCGCUAUGAGGUAUGAACAUAACUAACCACAUGAGUCGGACGAUAUGAUAAUAUCGGCACGCGUUUCCGGAUAUAUAUCCAAUCAGCUAGGCGAUUUCCGAUGGACCGCGCCGACCCCGCAACUAUAAAAACGAGUUGCAGAAUGACUAUGAGGAGAAUACCCUGUGUUUAUCACGUAUAUAAGUUGUAUACUAGGCAGUGAGGAAUGAAGGCAGAUGUUCCGUAUCCUGGUACAAUACCAGAAUACCAGAAAUUCUAGGGAGUGGUUAGGGUAGGAAAUUCUAGGAUG